AUGAGUCCUACACCUAACAUAUUUGGCAACAAGCAUGCAAAGAAAGAUUCUCAUGCAAACAUGUGCUCUUCAUCUUCUUUAAAAAUCAACAAGGAUUCCCAUUUCAUCAAAAAAUCGCCUUCCAUGUCCUCGUCCUCAUCCUCUCCCAUGGCAAACGGUGUCGUUGCUGCGACUACAAAGCCGCAGCAACGACAUCCGGUUAUAAUCUACACACAUUCGCCAAAAAUCAUUCAAACGCAUCCGCGGGACUUCAUGGCAUUGGUUCAAAAGCUAACAGGUCUGUCAAAAUCCGAAAAAGAUCAAUCAGCUACAAAAUCCUCCAAAAUUGAGCAAAAUGAGGAGGAUCACCGAAAUCAUCACAACAUCAACAAGAACCCUAACAAGGGGAUCAUGAUCAACGAUGACAAUGAAUCGACAUCCGUGAUUACAGAUGAGAAUGGGAGCAAUUCAAUGGGAGAUGGGCAUGUGAAUUCAUUUUUUGUGCCUCCAAUUUUCGAUCACCCGAAUCCUUGUUUUAAUAAUAUUCCAUUAUUUCAACCAAAUUCUUAUGAUUUAUUAUGCUCAAAUCAACCUUAUUAUAACUAUAAUCAUCAUGAUCCACUGUACUUCAUGCCCAGUAUGGGAUCUGUCUCAUCUUAUUUAACAUUGGAAGGGCUGAAAGAGUUUCCUGAUCAUUUCCAAUGA